GAUGGCCAAGAUCACAACUCUUCUCUUCACGUCUCUCCUCCUCAUCUGCGCAAUCUCGUCCUGCUUUGCUCGCCCCGAGCCGGUGUUUCUCGAUGUUACUCCGGUCAAGACUAAACGUGUGGGUGUUGAAACGAAUGAAUUGUUGGAUGAGAGCUGCAAAGGUGUUGGUGAAGAAGAAUGCCUGGUGAGGAGGACUCUGGCUGCUCACCUCGACUAUAUCUACACCCAAAAGCAUAAUCCUUGAACUUAGUUCUCUUUGUUAGUGAUGGGAAAAAAAUGAAAGGAUUGAAAAGUUUAGUGGGCCUCUACUAACUUUGUUGUGAAUUAUGGAACAUUUACUAUGGUGGGAAUGUGAAAUUUGCUCAUCACUGGGAGUGGAUUCCGAGUGAGUCCGCUUCUUAGAUUUCGUUUCUUUAUUCCAAACUUAUGUAUCUUUUUCCCUACCAAUCUCUUUUGAGGUUAUUUUAUUGA